AUGCAUGUUUCCUCUGUUUGCAGCAAGAACUUGGUUAGGCUUGUUCAGUGCCGUCUCAAGUUUCUGAAGAUCAAAAGAGACACAAUUGUGAGACAAUUACGUGAUGACAUUGCUCACUUGCUAAACAAUGGCCACAUUGAUGCUGCCUUUUCCAGGGUUGAGCAGCUGUUCAAGGACCAGAGUCUAUUGGCUGCAUAUGAUCUUUUGGGUCAUUUCUGUGAAUUCAUCAUCAUUCAUUUCCCCUAUAUUCGCAAGCAUAAGAGGUGUCCUGAUGAUAUUAAUGAGGCAGUUUCAACUUUAGUAUUUGCUGCUGCCUGGUGUGGUGAUCUGCCUGAACUGAAAUCUAUCCAGAAGCUACUUGCAGAGCGUUAUGGGCACAAGUUUGCCAAGGCUGCUGUUGGAUUACAUCCUGGAAACCUUGUGAAUAUUCAGAUUAGGGAGAAGCUUAUUGUAAAGUCAAUUCCCGAUGAUGCAAAAGUAAGAUUGAUAGAUGAAAUAGCCAAGGAAUACAGCCUCCAAAAUUUAUCAAAGUUUUGUGGGCAUAAUGAGUGUCAAUGGGAAGGAUUUGUCUUCAAGGAAGUGCCAGAAAUAAAUUAUAACAGCCUUAAGGGACAGCAGAUUCUGGCUUCAUGUUAUAAAGAAAAACGUACUGACAGGUCUGUAAAAUUGACAUUUGAGACUCUUCAAGUAGGUACUAUGCAUAAAAGUGCAGCACAAUUGGAAAGCUGUAAUCUAGUUGGAAGUUUUAACCAACCUGAAAUGAAGCUUUCUACAUUCCCAUUGGAAGACUUAUUUCAGUUUCAGGAUAAUACAGUCAAUUUUGAGCAAGUACAGGAGAUCAGGCUUAGCACAGUAGAGGAUGAGUGUGAUGAGGACAAAAGGGCAUUUUUGUUCUUUGAUUCAUCCAUUUCCGCAUUAGGAGACUGUUCUACAUUUGGUAGAGCAAGCUACUGCUCCCUAGAGCAUCCCUGUAACUAUGGUGUUAUGGAGUUCCCUGGAGAAAAUCUCCAAUUUGGACGAGCAGAAGUUUCACAUUUUCCAGGCAGUUGUACAUCUUGGUGUUGCUCUUGUUCAAAAGGAUCUUAUGAGAGGACUGUGACUAGUGAAAACGAUUUGCAGUCAGCUUCUUCAGAGUUUCAACAUUCAGAAAAAAGCAAUGCCUCAUUGCAUAGCCAUGUGCACCCAAAGCUUCCUGACUAUGAUGAAGUGGCAGCCAUAUUCAUGGCUCUGAAGAAACAACAUAAGCAAAGAACAGCUCCCUGA